AUUCAACAAGACACUUUAACUUCUUUUUAAUCAUAUUGCCCAAGCACAAAUAAUAACACUCUGAGAUUGUCUGGAUUUAUUUAAGUAAAGCUCGUGAGCAUCAGUACCACGUGACCAGCCCUGGUGGUCCCUGAAACUGCCAAACUGCCAGCCAAGCUGCCCCGCCAAAAAGACGCGUGCACGAUUCAGAGAGGUAUUUUGGGCACAAUCAACUUGACACAGGGCCAGACUGCGAAUCAAACAGAUCAAACAAAUCUUUUCGCAGAUGGCUGUAUAACAUCAACCAUACAAAACUGCAAAAGUCUGUAUCUCUAAAGUCAGUAUGGAAUUCGAUACUAAGACCCCUCCUUCCUCAACGUCCGACAAAAACUCUUUCGCAUACGAAUCUGCCAGAUCUCGCUGGCCCGUUAUUAUUACUGGAGUAAUCGACGAUGUUCACAAGGCAGUCUCUGAAGUAGAAGAUGCAGACAAGCGGGUAGAGGGAAAGAAAAUCAUUGAGGACAUCGCAAAGCUCAAAUACGAAUUGCAGCAUGAUAGGAAGCUCACUCCGUUGUUAGAUGAUGGCGGCGCAGACAUUGCGGGGUACAACAAGGAGCUUGAACAGUUAGGAUAUCCAACAUGGUUCAACAUUCCAUGGCUAUACGCCGAAUGUUACCUCUACAGACGCAUUGCGACAUCCUUCGCCCUCUCGAAGCAUUGGAAAUCCUACGAUGUCUUUGCCCGUCAGAAGAUAGGCACAUUUCGAUCCUCUCGUCCAGCCGUCAUCGAACUUGCGAACAGAUAUCACGAACUUAUCACACAAAUGCAACACAAGGAUGAGAAAUCACAAGAAGAGAUCAACGCUGCAGAGAAGAUACUGUUCAUGGAGAUGUGCGAGAUCUGCCUGUGGGGAAACGCUACGGAUCUUUCUCUUCUUACAUCCCUCACAUACGAAGACAUUCAAAAAUUGCAAGGCUCGGAAGCACGAAAGGCAUCGGAAAAGAAUAUUAUCGUCAAUGAUCUGGAAGCUGCAUACAAUGUUCUGAAGAAAGCCAAGGCAGACGGCAAAAACGAAAGAAGAGUGGACAUUGUUCUCGACAAUGCGGGCUUCGAACUCUAUGUCGACCUGAUCCUCGCUGGAUUCCUCCUUUCUUCUGGUCUGGCUACGAACGUCAUUCUACACCCAAAGAACAUCCCCUGGUUCGUAUCAGAUGUACUUCCAGGGGAUUUCGGCGCGCUUCUCAGCGCUCUAGUAACAGCACAAUCUUUCUACUCAACCCCAUCAGAAGAUGAACUAAAUUCAGGCAAGAGGCCCAGCCCACUCACGGACAAAGAAACCAAGGAACUUGCCUUCUUAUUCGCAGAAUGGAGUCAUUUCCACUCUGAAGGUCAACUCACAAUUCGUACCAACGGAUUCUGGACCGAAGGAGGAAGCUUCUGGCGGUUGCCUGGUACUGCUCCAAAGCUGCUCCAUGAUUUGAAGGACAGCGAAUUGGUGAUUUUCAAGGGGGACUUGAACUAUCGGAAGUUGACUGGAGAUGCAAUGUGGGACCCAACAACUCCCUUCACAACAGCAAUCGGACCUCUAGGACCAGGUUCAGGGGUCAACAUCCUGUCUCUCCGAACCUGCAAAGCCGACGUCGUCGUAGGUCUAAAGCCAGGUCUAGACGAGGAACUCAGAGCCAUGGAAGGCGGUGGUGGAGAUAGCGGACAGCGAAAAUGGGCCUGGAACGGCAAAUGGGCAGUCUGUUCCUUCUCAGGCGGCAAGUAAAAAAAAAGAAACUUUUUGGCUUAUGAUUUGGC